GAUGAAACAAAAUAUACCAUUUUUCUUUUAUAUAGCAAUUGUGAUUCAUUGUUUUUAUGUAAAUAACAUUUUCGUUGUUGCUACUCACUCGAAAUACAUUAAAAAAACUCCGUUGAAUAAAUCGAAUGCUAGCAAUGUACUUAUUAAUGAAAAAAAUAAAAGUCAAGGUAUUUUCUCAGAUUCAGCACUAGAAGAAAGUUUAGUAAGGGAUUAUUUAGCGUUAAAGCAGUCUGAAUUAAAUUUUAAACAUACACAUAGAGUUGCAUGGUAUAGCAUUAAAGGGAUUCUUUUUUGGUUUAUAUCCAUUAUAUUAGUUCUUUUUUCUGGAGUUGUUUCCGGACUUACACUAGGAUUCAUGAGCGUGUCCGAAGAUGCCCUUUGUAAAUAUUAUAAGACGGCAUCAUUGGUGGACAAGUUUUUUAUUUACGAUAUACUGUUAAUAAAAAGAAACCAUCACAAACUUUUAGUGACACUACUCCUUUGUAACUCAAUUGCUUUGGAAGCAUUGCCAAUAUUUCUGGAUCGUUUAAUGCGUUCAUGGAUUGCCGUGUUUUUAUCCGUUACAGUGGUUCUCAUUUUCGGAGAAAUUAUACCUCAAGCAGUGUGUAGUAGUAAGCUUCGGAUGCAAAUCUUGAUGGCUUCUAUUCCCAUUGUAAAAUUCCUUAUAAAAAUAUUUUCUCUUGUAUGUGAUCCUAUAGCGAAACUAUUAGAUUGUUUCGUUGAACCAAGCACAGAAAAAACAACAAAAAAUUAUUCAUUAUCAUUUUGUGAGAUGGCUAUACUAUUUACGGAAUACUGUAGAAGGAACGCGUGGGAGGACAAAACGUUUAAAUCUACUCACCUUCAGGAACGUGUUAUAACUCUUGGAUUUCUCUUACAACGUUUAACUGCUUCAUGUUGUUCAAAAACUCUUAAUUCUGUAUCGACUGUGAAAACGACCACUAAUCUUACUUCUUCAAUGCGUGAUCAAAUAACAAAUGUAAAUCAUAUUAUUCCAGUCUACUCGGGAAGUACGAAAAGCGUAUGUGGUUUCAUUCCGAAAUUUAUAACCCUUGAGACAAUCAAAGAAGUUAAUGAUAUGAGUGAUAUUGUUGUCUAUAAUUACACAAUACGCCCGCACAAUUCUGGUCUCCAUGCAAUUUUCGAUGCGUUUAUUUCAAACGAACUAGUACUAUUAGUACACUCUCACAGUGAUCCGUUUCAAUGGUGCAGACAACGCAACGGUCAAGAAAGUUCUGGAAACUGUAAAGAGUUUAUCACUCGAGAUUUUCUAUUUGAUUUCUUCUUUAAUCCAGAUUAUAAGGAACUUCCGAUGAAAGAAGAGUACUCUCUAGAAAAAGCAUCCGAGGGAUUCAAAGAAUAUUACUUUCCAGAGCCUUAUUCCUUUGUUAACGUAGAAAACGAUAUGAAGACCGAAAUUUUACCACGUUAUUACUGUCCAGAACAUUUAUUAAGUUUAAAAAAAAUAAACUCCUUUUUCGUACAAUUUUACCAAAACAAAAAAACCGUAGUGAAGAGUAACAUCCUUUCCGUGUACAAGAUAAUAAUAUCUAUAGGUUCACUAAAACGCUUAAAUUUUUGGUUUUUAAAAAGAAAACCCUUGAAAGAGCCUUUAAUUAAAUCAGUAGUAAAGGAGGAACACAUCAAUACCGAGACAUAUGAUGUUCCACCUGCGAAAUGAUGAAUUUUUAUUACAAUUAUUGCAUGUCGUCACAUAUAAAUGUUUUAAUAAAUAAUUUUCUACGUAUUUUCGUCACGGUUAUGCAUUCUUGCUCAACGAACAUAUUUUUACUGAGCUCAAAUGCCUAUUACUUUAAUUGUUAAAUGUAGAAAAAUCAAAAUCGAUUUAAUUCAAACUAAAUAUAGACCUAGUACAAUUAAAGUAAAAAGUUGUUUUCAACGUUAAGAAAGGACAUUUACCGAUAAAGCUUAAAAUUUAAGCUGAUAACCUUUACGAAACGCAC